CGUGAGACAGCCCCGAGGACGCAGCCUUACUGCAGCCCUGCCUCCCAUUUUGUGCACCCGCGUGCGCCUGCACACCUUAAAGGGGCAGAGGGACGAGCGCGUUCCUAAGCAGUUGCGCAGACGGACACACACAGCGAAUAAAAGCACUGCUUUCGUGUGAGAAGUGAAUAUUUUUACGUGACUAUUUAUUUCCUUAGCAGAUUAAAUUAUUCCAAGGUGGCAGUGACUACAAAGACUAAAUUGUUAACCUAAAGAUAUUCACUCAGCAGCAAAUAAGACUAUAUCUACACACUGAUGUGAAACACAGCUAAACCCUCAGACUUUAUGGAGCAAAAUAUAAGGAGUCAUGAACAUACUUAAUGCUUAAAUGCAGGCUUAUAAAGUGUUAAGAAAGGUUUAUAUAUCAACUUUUACAUUGAUGUUAGGAAAAACAUUUAAACAUUUAAAUGGAAAAUACAUUUGAAUAAAGUCAUAUUUCUGUAAAUAAGCUAGAAGCACAAUAAUAUUCCCUGUUAAAAUGUGUUCUGCACUAUGAAUUUGUUUUCAGCUAUUGUUUUACCACACAAAUUUUUCCUUGCAUUUUUAAUUAAAAAAAAAAUCCCAUCUGCUUUUCAUCUGUGGACAUUUUGCAUCAUUUCAGACCUUUUUUCUUCAUGAUAUCACUACACAAAGCACAAGGCCUAUUUCUAAUGGGCCAGGUACCUUGUCAUGGUCAGUUUAUAUUAAGAAUACAGUAAUGAAUUCAUCACACGCUAUCAAGCAUAGCCAAUAGCUGGCAGGUAGCACUGGUUUUUAAUGCAUGCAGUGAAAAAAGAUCAAUCAAGUCAGCAGAUUGACACUCAAAAGACCUGCAACCACAGGCACUCGAAAAUCAACCAAGAUAAGCAUAAGCCAAUCAUGUCUAGAGUAUUGUAACUCUACAGGCAUUGGGAUCCUUAUUGCUCUUUGGUCAUCUCACUCAUAGCAUGACACUGGCAACUGUGAGAGAAGCUGCACUGAGAGUUUAUGGCGGCCUAGCUGUCAAACCAACACAUGAUCUGCAGAGGGAGACCACUCCUGCAGCUACAUUUCCUAUAUUUUUGACCGCUAGAGGCUUUGUGAGACAAACUGGGUGGGCAUCUAAAAAAUCUGAUUGGAUGUAACAGUGCCGCCUGGUUUUGCCUACAGGGAUCUCAUUGGACGUAAAAUCCUGCCCCCUCCACAUUUUCCGGUUGCACGCGCGUUUCAAAACAUCUGAACUCUAAUUGUAAGAUGGCUAGAGAUUAAAGAAGAAGAGUUAUGAGCCGACGCAGCACUUUUUCCGCUUUUCAGAUGAGCUGGUAGUUACCCAAACCGCUGUCCCAGUCUUAAGGGGCGGAGGGCUGCAGUGAGGUGCUGCUUUUCCUGGUACCGGAAUACACACAGGCAGUGUUCUGCAGGAAGCUGAUGUCACACACACAGCAGAAUUUCCCCCCAGACAGAGAGCUGGAGGAAGACCACGAGGAGGCCAUGAACGCUCACUGAGAGGCCAAAUGCGUGGCACUGCUUGCAUUAAUUUUAUAGUCAGCACAUUUGGUUUCUGUGAUCUUCUCCGUUCCAUUUACGACGGAAUCCUUUUUUCAAUUUUGUAAUAUAUGGACUUGUUUUUCAAUGGACUUCAAAUACUUUCUUAAGACCGUAGCUCUUUGGAAUUCACACGAGCAAGCAUACGCUUUUGCGGUGGAAUUCAGAGCCCAGCCUGCUCAGAACGGGUAGUUGCUAAGUAGCACAGUUCCAUUGGAUGCAUUGGAUUUUGGAGACCGACGAGUGUGCUGAUCUACGCGUGAGGGAUCCACGGAGCGAGCUGCUGUCCCCGCGCCAAGUGCUGAGGAGCGACUGCCUCGCGCUUCCAUAAAUGCACAGUCAAUCGCGGAGUCUCGACUCCGGGUAGCAAGAUGAGCUCGUGGGUUCUGCAGCUUGUAUUGCUUGCGGCGUGUCUGCGGUUUGGUUGUUUCGAGGGGGACCCUUUGCCUGCAGCUCUGGUAGAGAUGGUGAGAAACAGCCCCAUCACCUCCAUCCAAGACCUACAGCUGCUACUGCUCAGUGACUCCGUAGAGGAGGAUCCAGACAGUCAGCCAGCCGUGGGGCUUCAUUCCAACAACACCUUCAGUCGCUCGCCCAGGAGCCUUGAAGCAGAGCCGGCGCAGCAGGCCCUGUGCAAGGUGCGGACGGAGGUUCUGGAGGUGACCCGCACCAUGCUGGACCGCCGCAACGCCAACUUCAUGCUGUGGCCCCCCUGCGUGGAGGUGCAGCGCUGCUCCGGCUGCUGCAACGCCAGGACCCUGCAGUGCGUCCCCGUCAUCACGCAGACCCGCUACCUGCAGGUGAUGAAGAUUCAGUACGUCAGCAGGCGGCCGCACUACGACAAGGCCGUCAUAUCCGUGCAGGACCACGUGGAGUGCCGCUGCCAGAGCGCCCCCGUUCCCAAGGGCGCCAGGACCGCCCCGAAGAAGCUGCACCCCCGCAGACAGGGCCCCAAGGAGCCUCCGAGCAGGACCCGGUCCAAGGAGGAGCUGCACCGACGGGACGAGCUCAAGUGGAACCAGAACUUCCACCUGGACGAGCGGCAGCCCAGGUACCCCCCCGAGCACGCGCUCGCCCCGCGGGGGGACAACGCGCUCCCCGGCCGCGCCCGCGCGCUGGAGGCGCAGACCGGGCGCCCCCCCCUGCAGGUCCCCCUGGGCGCGCUCAACCUGACGGGGCAGUGGGAGGAGGAGGAGGAGGAGCGGGCCCUGCUGACGGGUUUGGGCCUGAGGAGGCCCCCCCAGGGCGCGGGGCAGUCGGGCCUGCGGGAGAACGGGCGCAACGCCACCGAGGAGUCGUGGGCGGACGGGAGGCGCCCGGCCUGGCUCAACGUGACGGAGAACGCCACGCAGGGGGGGCGGCGCGGGCCGGCGAGGGACCGCGCCGUCGCCGUGGAUACCUGGGACCCGGAGGCGCAGACACCGAGCGCUGCGUUGCAGUCGCUAACGGAGACGCGACCGCCCACAGGGGGCGCUGAUGAGACUGCCCAAGUCCGGCACGGGGGUCGCCCCGCGGAGAGAGGCGAGGAGAGGGGACUCUUACGACAGGAGCAGCUGACCCUGGAGGAGGAGAAAGGAGCGCUUCUCUUACUGCAGCAGAAACUCGACCAGGAGAAUCGCCAAAUACAAAUACUGCAGCGGCAGCAGCAUCAUCACCACGACCACCGGCAGCAGCGCCUGCAUCAUCAGACACAGACGCACACCACCACACAAACGGCAGUAACAGCGCCACUCCCCACCACCACGAGGCCGCCGCCCCCCACAAGACCGCCGCCCAUCCCUGUGACGGCCCGUACCCCGGCCCGCAAGGCCCCACCCAAGAGGAGAAUGCGCAAGAACCGAAACAGGAUAAGCAAGGCUGCGAUGCGAGCUAUGCUGAUGUAGAGCCAACACACAGAUGCGCGCACACACACACACACACACGCACUCCGUAUACACACACACACACACAGGUGAGAGGCCUGGACGCUUCCUUAGCCUGGUGUAAUCACUCAUAAUGGCAGUCAUGAAUUACCCUCGGGUGUGACUGCGCAAGCUUUUAGGCUGAACACAGCCGGCAGAUUGCUUAGCCUCUGAUAGAUCCGAUGCCUCUCUCCCUCAUUUCCCCUCUGUCGUCCACAUUACAGCCUGGCCUCAUUUUUCCUCUCUGCCAUCCCGAGGGGUGGCGGGGGGGCGGACAUUAGGGCGGUGCGUAUCCCACGGGGAGGGGAGAGGGGGGCAUUAGGCCAGUAUCAAAGUUCGUCCUCAUGGGUAAUCAUUUCAUUUUUUUCCUUGUGGGUUUGUUCUGUCAUAUGCAGCAUGCGGCUGACAGCGCCAGUAAUAAUAUUAAUAUGAAGGCGUGAGCUCCACCAAAAAAGGAUAAGCCAGACUUUUUAGCAUUCCUCUGAAAAUGCAGGGCGGCAGCACCCUGAUUCCAUGCAACCGAGUUGCACAGGAACUACAACUCCCAUCAGCCUCUUGGGAGGCAGAGUGCAAAGUGCAUCCCUGUGAACUCUGGGAGCUGGGCCAUGAGAAUGGCACAUUGGCACUGGGGAAAGAACCCAUGAGAGAGCAAAGCGCCUCCUUCCUUCAAAGGAUUUCAUCAGAGGAAUGAAAGUCAACUCUCAGCGGAGAGAGCAAAGAAGCUUUGAUUCGAAGCCCUUUGAAGUCCAGCACAAGCAGCCAUUUCCCUGUUUCCUUCCCUCUACUCGCUAAUGGCCGAUUGAUCCUGUUAAAAAUAAUGGCAGUUAGUGGAGGCCUGCUCUGCCAGACUUGGAGUGUGGUGUUCCAGUUAGCCUGAAGCGCACAUUCCUUGCAUUGUACAUCCAUUCUAAAAAGGGAAAUGGAGAAAAAAACUUUGGAAAUUUGGAGACAUUUUGGAAAGAUACCAGCCAGCACCAAGGGGUCAUGUCAUGAUCUUUGGGAUCAUAAAAUAAAACUUUCCAAUCCAUGCUACAGUCCCCAGGGAUCCCUUCUCACUGAAACAGUCUGUGAGACUGAGGCAGAUUGCUCCCAGCUGAUGAGUAACUGCCACGGAUCUGCUGAAGGUAUUGGAACUCUAUUUCCCAGAGUUCCUGGAAGUUGCUUGGACAAAAGCACUGGAACUCAGAAGAGGGAGGACAAAAUCCGUAUAAAACACUAGCACAUUAAUGUAAAACCAUAUUCUAUCUUUGAAUAUAUUUAAUUUAAUUUAAUCUAAACACUGGAAUUGCUUCACAAUGUAUAAAGGUUGUGUUCAGGUUGCAUUCUCAUUGAAAACAUCUUAUGAAAAAAUAUGAAUACAAAUAUGAAAAAACUGAAAUAUUAAAAAUAUGAAAAUGCAAGGUGCUAUAGUGGAGUGGGUAAAGAAAAGGGAAGACAUUGUAAAUUACAAAUAUAUCUGUUAUUAACAUUAUUUAUUCAGUACAGCUAGAAUGUGUCCUGUACUAUGCGUUGUGAAAUCUAGACAAUCCUUUCAAAUGUCCUUUUAGAGAAGAGUUGUUGUUCUUGUCUAUUUCUCUGAUUAAAAGGCCAUUGUGCUUGUAGCUGUCCUCAGAAUUGAAACCGCAUAAACCUCUCCCGUCUCUGUCUGUCUGCAGGUAACCUUCGUUAUUUAUUUUCUCCUAUAGCAUUGUUUCGUAGCGUUGUCAGUCAUCUUGGGCAUGAACUGGAGAUCUGGUGGAUCUGUGGUGAUUGGAACCAGUCCUGGAGCCGAGAGCUCAGUGCAUUGCUAGGUUUUAAAAUGUGCUGCUGCUUUGCCAAGCCUGCAGUCCAUGGAGCACACUAAAUAAAAGAAUAAUAACAACAAUAAUAACGGUUAUGAUAAUGAAAAUGUUUUGCUUUUCUAUAGCAUCGUUCAUUCUUUUCCGAACAGCUCUAAAUGCCUUAAAGAGCGCGACUCCUGGGCAAUGCGCUGCAGCCAUUUUCCAGAACAUGUACCACGUGGAGGAGGAGGCGGGGCUUAUUAAGCCAAACAAAGAGUGGGGGGUGGGGGGAUGGGGGUGGGAUUACUAGUGGGACGGAUGAAGAGUUUAUCCAACACAUCCGGAGACUAUUCUGAUAUUAAUGCCUGUGUUUAAGACAGCAUCCAAAAGAAGGUGACUCCUACAGUACAGUGUCCCUAUCGUUGGACAGGGGAAGGGCUUUUGACAAAGGUCUGGUAGGAAGAUUUUACUGAAGCGACCGGCCAGCCAACACUCCUUCUAGCAGCACUGUGUUUUUCUUGGGGGCUGCUCCCAUCCGAAUACUGAUCAAAAUCCCGCUCGACUUCACCUGUCAGGCAGGUGUACUGCCACAGGGAAAAGCCUCUUAGCAGUACUGUCAGGUGUCAGAUGCUGUUACUUAUCUGUUACUUAUCUGGGGCAACAUAGCAGUGUGUAAAAAUCAUAGCCGCUGGUGUGUAAGAAGCCUCCAGAGGUGUAAGUUACGGUGCAUGUAUUUGUCCUGAGCACUUUGGUAUAAUUACGAACCAUACCAUUACAGUCUUGCUUUAACACACGUGCGGAACUUUUUUUGUGCUGGACUUAAAUUUGAAACUCUGAGUUCCCAACAAUGACAUUAGAUUAGCAAAGGGCUGGUUGUGGUUAGUUUGGCCCAGGUUGAUCGGCAUGGCACAUUCAAAUGAGAAGCCAAGAGACAGCAUCACCCGAAUGUGCCUCUUACUAGAGCUAGGAAGAAACACGGACUGUGAAGUGUGUGGCUCUUUCUCCCCAUGGCAUUCAAGCAGCCUCCUUAAUUGAAAAGCAGUUUUAUAUUUUGCAUUCAAUAUUUUUCUGCUGUUUUGAAAAUGCACCAAACCACGGGGUCAAAACCACGGGACACACCGAACCGAGAUUUCUGUGUACCAUGACACCCCUAGAAGGCUUAGGUGCCUUAAUGUUCUGGUCUCCCUGGAUACAGACAUUUAAGAGGCCUAGUUACAAAAGCAGGUGGUCGGGUUCAGUCCAGUGUGCAUUCAACACAAGUAUAUGGUUUGUCUCUCAGGACAAAGCUGAGUGUCAUUUGAGUGACAGAUGGACGUAGACACAGAGGUCAGGAUGCUGUACCGUUGUGUACCUGUGUGUGAGUGCGUGCGUGCGUGUGUGUGCGCACGCAUGUGUGUGUGUGUCCUCUCCACUGUGAAAGGUCACGUUCUGCUGAUGCUGCUGUUGCUUCUUUGUUUUGUUUUUUGUUGCCUGAAACGAAUGCAGAUGCCAGACAGCAGGAUGGGAUGGCUCUUUGGAUGUAACAUUAGCUGAAGUUGCCCUUAAAAUUGAGCUGAUGUGUCCAUUUUAAGCCUGUUAUACCCAAGGACGGGAAAGCUCUGGUUCAGUGCCAGAGCUGGUUAGGAGUUUGUUGGGUGACACUGGGACACCCUUCAGAAUACAGACCGCCCAGAACCCAAAGUAAAAGUGUCUCUCAGCCCGUACUUCCAUGUUUAAAGUGUGCCUGUUGUUCCCUCUCUGACCUGCAAUUAGCUGUUAACAUUUCCAUUGCAAUCUAAUGCAUUGUUCUCAUAAAGGUUGCUUAUAGUGCUGUUUUCAUAUAGGAAUAAAUACAGAAUAAUGUUGAUGAUAA